UCCUUCAGUGCGAAACACGAACAGGUGUAUGACGCAAAACAGUCGGUCUGUGCAGUGUGCAUCCGUCCACCAUCACAAAACCCGAGUUAGAAGUACACAUCCCAUACUUACACCGCAUCCGUAAAAUAUAUGCGUAAUUGUACCACGAAGUACAUCUCUUCAGAAAGAAGAUUCAGCAUGACGUAAGGACCUGUGAACCUCGACCUGACCUGCUCUAGUCGGACUCUUCUCUUCAGUCACUAAAACAAAUACCAUGUCAACAGGUAGUUACACUCCAGCCCCAGGGGGGCCUUUUUCGGCCCUCACACCCAGCAUGUGGCCCCAGGACAUCCUGGCAAAGUACUUUCAGAAAGACCCCAGUAUGGAAGCAGAGCUGCAGUACGAUGAAUUUGGGUUCCGGACUGACAGUGAAGACGGGGUUGAGACAAGAAAAUGGCUGCGUGGUGAGGGAGCCCCUGAGAGAGAAGAUCCUCAGCAAAGACUUCGCUGGCAAGCCCAUCUGGAGUUCACCCACAAUAACACUGUAGGAGACCUGACGUGGGACAAGAUCUCCCCCACGCUGGCCCGCUCAGACCGCCUUCGUUCCCUCGUGCUGGGGGGCAUACCGCACAGCAUGAGACCACAGUUGUGGAUGCGUUUGUCGGGGGCCCUGCAGAAAAAGAGAACAUCAGAAAUUUCCUACAGGGAAAUCGUCAAAAACAGCUCUAAUGAUGACACUACAUCAGCCAAGCAGGUUCUCUCUCUGUCUGUGCUGCAGAUAGAAAAGGAUCUUUUGCGGACCAUGCCUACUAAUGCAUGCUUCAGCACUUUGUCGAGUGUGGGGGUGCCCAAGCUCAGGCGGGUCCUGAAAGGGCUUGCGUGGCUGUAUCCCGACAUCGGCUACUGUCAGGGCACUGGCAUGGUGGUGUCCUGCCUGCUGUUGUUUCUGGAGGAGGAAGAUGCUCUGUGGAUGAUGUGUGCUCUGAUAGAGGACAUGCUGCCUCCCUCAUACUUCUCCUCCACUUUGUUGGGAGUUCAAACUGACCAGCGUGUGCUCAGACAGCUCAUAGUGCAGUAUCUGCCUCGUCUGGACCAGCUGCUACAGGAGCAUGACAUUGAACUGUCUUUAAUCACGCUGCACUGGUUCCUCACUGCCUUUGCCAGUGUGGUGGACAUACGCAUCCUGCUGCGAAUCUGGGACCUGCUCUUCUACGAGGGUUCAGUGGUGCUCUUCCAGGUUACACUGGGCAUGCUGAAGAUCAAGGAGGAAGAGCUGGUAUCGUCUGAGAACUCGGCAUCCAUCUUCAACACUCUGUCAGAUCUGCCCAGUCAACUAGAGGAUGGGGCCGCAGUGCUGGGAGAGGCUGUGCGUCUGGCAGGAUCUCUGUCUCAGGAUAACCUAGAUGCACACAGACACAAGCAUUUGGCCUACAUCCUGGCAGAGCAGGCCCAGCUCAACUCCAACUCCCACUCUCUCCACACCAACCUCAACAAAGUGGUCCGCAGACAGAGCCUGCACAGGAAAUCCACCCUGAGCUCGCUGCUCUGGGGCGAGGACGAGGUGGAGGCGAUGAAGGCCAAAAACAUUAAACAGACAGAGCUGGUGGCAGCGCUUAGAGAAGCCAUCAGUCGCACCGCAGAGCACUUUCACUGCCUGGACCCUCGCAACUGCAGCACUGAUUUGACUCCAGAUUAUUCUAUGGAGAGUCAUCAAAGGGAUCACGAGAACUUCCUGGUCGUGUCCAGGAAUCGUCGGAGACGAGCCAAAGCCUUACUGGACUUUGAACGGCACGAUGAUGAUGAACUGGGCUUCCGGAAGAAUGACAUCAUCACAAUCAUCUCACAGAAAGAUGAGCACUGCUGGGUGGGAGAGCUGAACGGCCUGAGAGGCUGGUUUCCUGCAAAAUUUGUGGAAGUCUUGGAUGAACGAAGUAAAGAGUACUCUCUGGCUGGAGAUGACACCGUAACUGAGGCAGUCAAUGACUUGGUCAGAGGCACGUUGUGUCCUGCUCUCAAGGCCAUCUUUCAGCACGGCCUGAAGAAGCCCUCCAUACUUGGGGGACCCUGUCACCCAUGGCUCUUCAUUGAGGAGGCAGCCAGCAGAGAAGUGGAGAGAGAUUUCAACUCUGUCUACUCCAGACUGGUGCUGUGCAAGACCUACAGGUUAGAUGAAGAUGGAAAGGUGCUCACACCUGAAGAGCUACUGUACAGGGCAGUGCAGUCUGUCAACAUGAGCCACGACGCUGCUCAUGUACAGAUGGACGUCAAGUUCCGCUCCCUCAUCUGUGUGGGCUUAAAUGAGCAGGUGCUGCACCUGUGGCUGGAGGUGUUGUGUUCCAGUAUGAGUGCCGUGGAGAAAUGGUACCAUCCCUGGUCUUUCCUGCGCAGUCCUGGCUGGGUUCAGAUAAAGUGUGAACUCAGAGUUCUCUCAAAGUUUGCCUUCAGUCUCUCCCAAGACUGUGAGCUGCCUACCAAAAAAGAGAAGUCUCCCGUUCUCAAAUCAGAAGUGGUGGAUGUCUUGGUCCAACAUCACCUCUUUAGUUGGGACCUCUAGGAGAAGGAGCAGAGGCCUCUGAAGGAGGGAGUUCAGGACAUGUUGGUGAAACAUCACCUCUUCAGCUGGGACAUCGACGGCUAAAACAUCACACACAUCCUGUGAGCUGUACACAUAGGCCAAAUCACUCUCCAUCUGCAGAAAAACAGGGAUCACAUGUGAAAUUAAAGUUCAUUUCAUGUACAGCUUUAUGUCACAUGGCUGAAAUGGUGAGUGUUCGUGUGUCUUGGCACAAUAGUUUCACUUUUUGUGACUCUUUUCUAAGAGUCUGUCUGUACAAAGGAGGAGUCCAUUGCCAAGAGUUCGCACAGAAUCAAACUACAGAAAUGGCCAAUGUGGGUCUGCCUGCAAGCACUUCCUCUCCUCUGAAGCAAAAUUAAUAUUGCACCAUUUGGGGCACAAUUACAGUGGUCAUGACUCAUGAAUGAAUGUUGGCUUCUGAAGGGUUGUUUUGAAGAGCUAAAUCAGUGUCAAAGAUCGCGCUUCACGUUUGUAUGUAUCGGGAAUUAAACCACAUUUAGUCAAACACAUUUUCAUAAUUAUGCUUCACAAUGUCAAAUGAUCUUCAGAGGAUUUUCAAAUCAAGAUGGUUUCCAAAAUAACUGUGAUUACCGACCCACAUCUGUAACAUCAAAUUACAUCUACAGCAAACUAAUGACGGCAGGUGAUGGAGAGACUCAUUUACUGUAGUCAUAUCUCUCAUGUGUAGUUCAGACUGCAGCAUUAAGACACUUGAUUGAAUCGACCUCUAUUGGGCCAUGAAGGACAUCACUGAUUCAUUGUUGGUGUGGCAAUGAAUCGACCUUGUGUUACAUAUUUUGGUAUUUCUUAUAAACCAUGUAAAGUAUACAGUAAAGAAGAGAAACUGGUAUUUAGCUUUUUGAGAUGUAAAAGUCCAGUGCUACAUUACAGUCUACAUCGAGUCAUGAUUGGACCACUUUGAAGAGCCUACGCAGUGGCACAAUUACAUGUUACGUGAGUUAAAGUAAGUUAAAGGAAAAGGGGCUCCACUUUGUAGUUCUUAUAAUUGGUAAAAAUGGUUGUUUUGAACCAAAAACUAGUCUGUAAUGGUUAAGCAUGACCAACUCGCAGGGCUUUAGAUCAUACCCACGAUCACUGAUGAUGUGUACGUAAAUAAAAAUCUAUAUCUGUAAGGA